AAAUAUAAACUCUGUUUGAGCUAAGUAUUAGCUCUCAUAUGGCUCAUUUAUUAACAACAAAGAACCUUAAAACGUGUUUUUAGGUUAAUAGGGAUAAUAUAUCCAUAAGCACUCCAAGGGGAAGAAAUACAGGUGGAAGCAGCGAUUUCUAAUCCAAGGUACCUCAACCAAAGAAGAAGCACAGAGGCGAGCGAUCCUUUGCAACUGACGCCUGUGCUCAUUCCUGGGAGAAAGGAUGCCGCCAAUGGGGCACUUACACAUGGAACAUGUCCUGCAGGCAGUCAGUGUCCUGGAGGCGGUCAUCCUUCGCAGUUUUGGCCCUGAAGGAGGACAGGUGCUGUUCACACGAGACACAGGACAGGCGAUGUUGAGCCGCAGUGGGACACGCAUUCUCACGGCACUACAUCUGGAGCAUCCGUUGGCCAGGAUGGUGGUGGAGUGUGUCUGGAAGCAUAGCUCUUCAACAGGCGAUGGAUCCAAAACCUUUAUCCUGCUGCUGGCAUCAUUGCUACGGUUGAUUCAUGCAGCAGCCAGCAAGGAGUCUAAUGUGUCUCACUCUUAUAACUCAACAAAAGCAGCAGAGGCUGCCACUGCCAGACACUUGGCUGACAAACUGCUAGCAUUUGGGUUGAAGGAGUUGGAUGAGCUCAUUGCUACGGGAGUGGUCCCUUAUGGAGGCUGCAUUUCGUGGGAAGAUUUCACUGUGGAAGGACAAACGCCGUCUCUCACAAACAAUCUCUGUGUUCAAAAGUUGCUAAGAUCAUUUUUUCACACACGCUGUGGUUACACGCACUGUGACUUCAGUAGUCACCUCACAUGUGAGCUGCUCAGUCACUGGAAGUUUAAAAAUCAACUACCUUCAUUUUCUCUGCAGCUUGUAAGCGACUACUUCCCUGCCCUCCAUACACCUGUGUCUGGCUUUCCUGUCCGCUCUUCACGUUUAAUCAAGGGGCAGGUAAUCCACAGGGACUUUGCCACGCCACCGCUUAAGACUGACCACCAGCCAGUUAAAGCUGUAGUUCUCACCGGGUCGCUGCAACCAACAUUGCUCAACACAGGAGACGUGCUUGAGUUGGGAUAUGGAGGCAGAAUGAAGGAGGAGAGAAGUAUUUUACUCUUUAGCUCCUGGAUGGAAAGCUCACUGCAGGGUGUUAUUGCGAAGCUGCAGUCUUUGGGUGUUUGUGUGCUUCUGUCUGCAGUAAAACAGUCUGCUGCUGUCCUGGCUUUAGCCACACAGGCAGAGAUGUGCCUUGUGGAGUGUGUCAGUGAAGAUGAACUUUCUCUGUUUUCCCAGCUAAGUGGAACUACCCCAAUCUGGGACUGUUCGAUGAUUGAAUCAGAGCACGUAGCCACACUGGCUUUUUGCCGGCCGAUACAGCUCGGAGCCCACAGGUAUGUCCAUGUGGCUUUCCAGGACUCGGAAGAAAGAAUCACCAUCAAACCCUGCAGUCUGAUCAUCUGUGCCCCAGGGGAAGGACAGAUUGAACAGUUUGUGCUCCCUGGCCCGACUUUGUCCUCCUCUUUCUCACACGCUGCUGAAUUUAUCCUGGUGUGUCAGAGGUGGAAAGCCAUAAAAAUGAACUAUAAAUAG